AUGAAAUAAAAUGAUAUAGAAUCUCCUUAAUUAUGUGAAAAUCACUUACCUAAACCAUAAAAUUCAAGACGAUCAGCUCUCUUUAAGACUACUCAUCCCAUAAAUUUAACUAAUUUGCAUAAAAAAUAUAAAAAGAAAAAUGAAAUGAUGGUAGCUUAAAUCUAAAAAAUAGUCAAACAUAUGCCAUCUGAUGAUAGAUAAUUAAAGGCUGAAAGGCAUAUUUAUGAUGCUUAUUAUCUAAGAACAAUUAGAAAUGAUAUUGAUUUGGCUGAUAAGAUUAUUUUAAAAUACUUAUGGAAAAUUGAAAAUAGCAGAAUUUGGAGUUGGAUGCUCUUGUCAAUCACAAUAUUUUAUCAAAUACUUACUUUUUUCGAAAAGGCUUUUCCAGAUUCAAAUUAUUAAGAAAGUUACUCAGUUUUUAUAUUUGAACUUGUUUUUUUAAUUAUUUUUGCUAUAGACUUUUCUAUAACUUUUAUUCUAUUAGCAACCAAGAAGAAUGAUGGUGGUUUUUAAUUUAACACAAAAAGAAUGCUUAAAUUAAUAUUUUUAUUAAUAUGCGGAACAGAUUUCAUAAACUAUUAAUAUGAUUAAAUAUAAAUAAGAUUUAGUCGAAUCAUUAGACCAAUACUUAUGGUAUUUUAUUCUAAAGAUUUGAGAAGAAACCUUAAAGGUAUCAUAAAGGCUAGUCAAGAUUUAAUUCUCUUAUUUUUACUAUAUCUAAUUAUUAUAUCAACAUUUUCCUUUAUAGGGAUUAAUUUAAUAGGAUCAUUGUAAAAUGUGGAUAUAGAUACUUAGGAUUAUGGAGAUUUCUUUAAAUUAUUUAACAUGUUAUUCAUGGCUGCAACACUUGAUUUUUAUCCUGAUAUCAUGAUACCUGUUUUAUUAUAGGGAACUUAUUAUGUAUUCUUUUUUGUUGUAUAUAUGAUUCUUUUUUUAUUUCUAUUUUAACCUAUUCCAUUUGCAAUUGUUUAUGAAGGAUUUCGAAAACAUAGGAUGUAAAUAGCAAUUUAAGAUAUUAUCAAAUAAAAAUCAGCAAUGAUGGCUAGUUUUAUUUCUCUUGAUUCUAAUGAUGUUGGUUUUUUAACUGAAAAUUAAUUCAAAAACUUUCUUAAAACAUUUUAUAAAGGAUAAUUGACUGAUGAAUAAAUUAAAAUUAUUUUUAAGGAAAUUGACAAAGAUUUUAAGUAAAAUUAUCUUUUUAAAUAGUGAUAAAAUAUAAUUUGAUGAGUUUAAUUAAUUAUUAAAUGUAUUAUAGAAUAGUAAUUAUAUAUAAUUACCAAGAAUGAAACCUUUAAAAUGUUGGGAUGAAUUUUGCAAUUUAUGUAAUAAAUAUGGAUUGAAAACUUUAAUUAAUUCAUGGGUAAUUAUUGAUUGAAAUUAAGGGUUUUAUUUUGUUCAUGUUAUUAAUAAUAAUAUUAAAUUGUGCUUUAAUAAUAGCAGCAAUUUUUAUUGAUGAUUUAGAAAUUUUAAGAAUUUUAGAUAUUAUUGAUACAAUUUUUUUAGGGAUUUACAUUUUUGAAUGUUUAAUUAAGAUUAUAGGAAUUGGGAUUGUUGAUUUUUUUUAUGAUGGUUGGUAAUUUAUAUUUAUUAAAUAGGAAUAUUUUUGAUGUAAUAAUAAUCUUUCUUUAAAUUUUAUUUGAUUACAUUUUAUUUAAUUUUGUGAGUGACAAUAUAGUUUAGUCUGUAAAAGCAAAUAGAAUAUUAAGAAUAGCAAAAAUUUAAAAAGUUUUUAGAAUAUGUAAAGCUUUAAGAUCAAUAAAAUUAUUCGGAUAUAUAUUAUAAGGAUUAGAGAUUUUUGUUCAUGUUAAAAAUUUACUAUAUAAAAUAAUGAUAUGUAUACCUAUUAUUCUAAGAUUAAUUUUACCAGUUUAAAUAGUAUUUUUUACAUACGCUUGUAUUGGAAUAUACAUAUAUGGAGACAUUAAUAAGGAGGAAUAAAAUCCAUUUUCAAAUAGUUUUUGUGAUCCAAAUGAAUUUAGAUAUUAAUGGGGAGAAUGUAAAUAUGCUGAUUUUAAUACAAUGGGUGGAUCAUAUUUAAUUAUGUUAUAAAUAUUUACAGCUGCAUCUUGGAGUUAAAUAGUAUUUGAAUUAUCUUAUGAUACCAAAAAUUUAAUAGUUCCAAUGAUUUUUGUUGGUUCUUUUGUUUUCUUAUCAAUUUUUUUAUUAGCUUUGGUCGGAGGAUUAAUUUGGGAAGUAUUUACAGUAAUUUCUAAAAUACUUUUUGAAUAAGAAAUAGAUAAAUAUAGUCUAGAAGUAAGAGUAGUUAUAGAAUUAAAUUAUUAAGAUGAAGUAGUAUUUGGAAGUAGUUUUGGAACAGAUCAUGAUAUAAAUAGUGCAAAAGAACUAAAUAAUAUAUUAAAAUUAAAGAAAAAAACAACUAUUUUAAAUGAUGAUAAUCCAGAUAUAUUAGAAUUUAAACAAAGAAGUACAAGAUUGAAAGUAAAUUAAGAUGAGUAUCUUUAUACUCCAUUUGAGAUAUUAUCUUAAAUAGAUACUAAAAGAUAUAAUAAGAUUAUAAAUGUAGGUAGAAAUAUUCACUUAAUUUAAAAAAAUUAAAAACCUUAAGGAGAUUAUUUAUUAAAUAUUGAAGAAUCUUUUUUAGAAAUAAGAAAGAUUUAUUGUGAUUACUUUAUUGAUUUUCAAGAAUUUCUAGAGUUAAAGUUUAGAAAGGAAUCAUAUAAUAUUUAUAAUGUAACAACAGAUUAUGUUGUACAUAUUCGUAAUGAAAUCAAAAAAGAUGAAAAUUAUAAUAAAAAACGAAUUAAUAUUUCUAAUCACGAUUUUCUUAUUUAAAAUGCUGUUUUAAGAGAUACUGAUGAAGUCUAUAUUAAAAAGCAAGAAGAACAAUUCUUAAAAUAGGAAUUUGGGUAAAAGUUUGAAUUAAUAAAAGAAUUAAAAUUUUAAAAUAAAUUUAAGGUGGAAAGUAAAAUUUUAUUUUCUUUAAUGGGAAUCUUAAAAUUCCCUAAACCAAAUAUUAAAUAUUUUUUUUAGAUUUUAUAUUUGAUAGAGAAUUAUUUUACAUUUUAAUUACUUCCGGAUAAUUCUUAUUUUAAAUUAAUUCACUGUAUAGAAGAUAAAUGGUAUUUAAUAAGUAUAGAAGAUAAUUAAAUAGUCUUCACUAGAAUAAGUAAUGGUCCUUGGACAUAUGAAAAUUUAUUAUUUGAAACAGAUCAAAUGAAAAUUUGUGAAAAUCUUAAAUUUAUGAAAGAUGUAAAAAAUUAAGAAAUAAAAUAUCACAUUAAAGAAUUUCAUAAAAGUUUGAGUAUAAUGGCCAAACAAUUUGAUAUAGAUGCAAACAAAAUUGAUGUUAAAAGUACAAUUAUAUUAUAUCAAAUAAAAAAUGAUACAAAUUCUAUUCCUAAAACUCUUAAUUAAAAUUUUUAAAAUAGUGAAAGCUAUGAAAAAAUUAAUCCUUAAGGAAUUGUAGAAAUGGAUGUACUUUAGGAUGAUUAAAAUAAAGUAUAAUUAAUUAAUAAUAAAUAUGAGGAUAUUCAUAAACAUGUUAGUUAAACUAUAAUAUUUGUUCUAUCUAAGAUUCACGCUUAGGAAGGAAGAAUAGUUUAUCAAAAUUAAGUUCUAUUGGCUUAAUUUAUUAAGGAUUUGGCAGGGGUUAUUAAAAAUUAUUCAUAAAGCUUUUUCUAAUAACUUGAAGAUUUAUAUACUCUGAAAAUUUAAUAAAGAAGAAAAAAAUCAGAAUAAAAUAAUUACAUAUAAAAAUGA